AUGAGCUGCAGCCAAUUCUCAUCAUCCCACCGGAGCCGCAGUAGUUGUUGGGGUGGUGGGGGCAGCAGGGGCAGCAUGAGAUCUUCCUUCAGUUGCUUCAGCUCCUCAGGGGCUGGUGGAGGAGGGGGCAGGUUUAGCUUUUAUCCCAGUAGUUAUGGCGGGGGAAGCUUUGGGGUCUGUGGGAAGGGAGGUGGCAGCAGUUUUGGCUCCAGCUACAGUGGAGGAUCUGCAGGUGGUUUCACUGGUAGCUUUGGUGGAGGUUUCAGGGGCUUUGGUACUGGUUCUGGAGGAGGUUUUGGUGGGUCUGGGGGCUAUGGUGGUGGUUUUGGCUGUGGUUCUGGAGGGGGCUUUGAUGGUGGUUCUGGAGGUGGGUUUGGAGGAGGUAAUGGUGGUAUUCUGACUGCUGAUGAGAAGUCCACCAUGCAGGGCCUCAUUGCCCAGCUGGCCUCUUACUUGGAUAAGGUGCAGGCACUAGAGGAGGCCAACAGUUAUCUGGAGAAUAAGAUCCAUCAGUGGUACAACAAUCAGGGCUCUAAGAACUUCCAAAAGGACUGUUCCUCCUACUAUGAUACUAUUGAAGAUCUCAAGAACCAGAUUGUGGAUAUCACGGUGGGCAAUAACAAAAUUGUCCUGGACAUUGACAAUAUUUACAUGAUGCCAGAUGACUUCAGGAUCAGGUUUGAGAUAGACCAGGACCUGCAGCAAGCCAUAGAUGCUGACAUCAAUGGCCUAUGCAGGGUGCUGGAUGACCUGCCCAUGCAGAAAUCUGACCUGGAGAUGCAGUAUGAAUCUGUGCAGGAAAUGAUGGUCCUCAAGAAGAACCAUCAGGAGGUGAUGAACCAGCAGACUGGGCAGAACUCUGGGAAUGUCAGUGUGCAGAUGAAUGCUGCUCCUGGCCAGGAUCUCGCCAAGGUCCUCAGUGACAUAUUCCAAGAGUAUGAGCAGAUCAUAGCUAACCAUAAGGACAUUGAAGAGCAAUAUGAGACUCAGAUGACCCAGAUUGAGCAGGAAGUGACUAUGAGUGGCCAGGAGAUGGAGUCUAAUACCAAGGAGUUGACCCAGCUCUGGCGCAGUGUCCAAGAGUUGGAGAUGGAGCUGCAGUCUCAGCUCAGCCUGAGAUCGGCCCUGGAGAAGACCUUGGAAGAUACCAAGAUGCUGCUCUGUGGCCAGCUGCAGCAGAUCCAGGAGCAGAUCAGUAACCUGGAGGCCCAGCUCACGGAGGUCCGGGUGGCGACUGAGUGCCAGAAUCAGGAAUGCAGCCUUCUGUUCAGCAUCAAUACAUGGCUGGAGCAGGAAAUUAAUGUCUACCGUGGCCUUCUUGAGGGUGGCCAGGAGGACUUUUAAUCUUCUGGAGCUGGACAAAUUGGCUUUGGAGGUGGAGGAGGAAGUGGAGGAGGAAGUAGAGGAGGAAGUGGAUUUCAAGGUGGAAGUGGAGGCAGCUAUGGUGGAGGAAGUGGUGACAGCCACGGAGGAGGAAGUGGAAGGCAAUCCCAGCCCCAGUCCUCUUCCUCAAAAUCUGGUGACUGUGAUGAUACACAAGGCUAUCAGAUGUGA